AUGAAAACACCAUCCAAAUCUUGUCCAAAAGCAUCACCUUCGAAAUCGAAGGGAAGCAGCUGUUUGAAAGUAAUUAAAUUUCUCCUUGCAGCUUUUCCUUCGGUUGUUUUUGGGGUAUUUACAAUCGUUUUCACGGUUCAACAACAUAUAACAGGUAUUGAAAAUCGCAAACAAGAUCAAAAGCAAGCCGAUGAACAAAACAUUCGUUCAACUUUCGAAAACUACAUUGACGACAUUUCCAAUCUUUUACUUGACGAGAAAUUUAAUCGUAGUAAUUCCGAGCAUUUGUUGCAUAUCCGUGUGAAAACCUUGACUACUCUUCGUCAUGUUGACAUUAAUCGAAAACGAGAUAUAAUCUUAUUUCUUUAUGAAAGUCGACUGUUACGAAAUGAUGUUCCGUGUAAUGAACGACUCUCGUUACAAGAUGCUGAUUUAGACAAACUAACAUUCCAAGGUUCAUCGUCGAAUCCUAUUCAACUUGACAAUCUAUACUUACCGGGAGUUUAUCUAUCGAACGCAGUUUUUCAUUGGUGUAUAUUAGACUACGCUGUUUUCGAUAAUAGUUCGAUGGCAAAUGUUAGAUUUAUCAAUUCAAGUAUUUCUCAUGUGACUUUUCGAAGGAUUUACGCUCCUGAUGCAAUCAUGGGAGAUUUAGUAUUUCAUGAAAAUGAUUUCACUGGAUCCAUGCUUGUUCGAACAUCGUUUGUCGGUGGAACUGAUUGGAAAGAAGAAGUUGAUUUAACAAAUACGGAUUUGCUUGAUAGUCGCGGCAAUCACGGACAAUUAAUUAAUUGGAAUUCUGUUCCGGAAAAUGUAUUAAUUCUUGUAAAUGCACGGUUACCAAAUGGAUCUUUCCAUCAGAUCAAUUCAACCGAAUUAAUCAGCGAUGGUGGAGCUGAAUUAGGUUGUCAGAUAAAUCUAACUGAGAACACAUGGAAACAUGGACCGUACGGUUCAAAGAUAAUACUAUCGCCUAUAUCAACCCAUCCUUCAAUAUCAAUUUCAUCUUCUAAUGAAAACUGUUAUUUUCUCGCUGAUUCGCUUAAUGCAUCGUCGUUAAGUCAAUUAAUCGAUGUACAUUCAUUCUCCGUGUUAAUUCAUAGCGAACAGGCUCGAUAUAAUAUGUCGGCGUAUCUGACUUGUUCACAGGACAAAUCAAGCGAAGCGUGGAUCAAAUUAGUUUCUCUGAAAAACAAUUAUCUAUGGAUAGAUUCACAUAAAGGUAAACAAUUGUGA